CUCACAUGGGACUCACUGCCAACUCAACUACACUCCUGCCUCAUUCAGCAACAAAAGACAAUCAAUUCCCACCAACUCAUGCCUCAUGUCAUGUGUCACGGACCUUGUAACAUGUUAACUCUUUUUUAGUACCAUAAAUUUACUCUUGAAAAUAUGGAUGAUUCACUCUGACAUGAUAUCAUGCCACGCAUAAGAAAAUGAUCAGAAGAGUGACCACCAACACGAUGGUGGGGUUGAGCCUGUCCCCUGCUCCAAGCUUUUGCACCGUAACGACAUUGCUAAACCCCCUCAAAGCCAGGUUGGUUUCAUGUCACCAUCAACCCAAACACACAACAAUCUCAUCUUUCUCUUUCUCUUCCAUUAAAUGCUCAUGUUUUGACAGGAACAGGAACAGGAUCGUGUUUUUUACUUCCAUUUUUCAUCCAAUUGGCAACCCCAGCUCUGAUUUUUAUUUUCUCGUAUCCACCGCCGUUAAUAAUAGUUACCAUCGCUCAUGCCAAUGCUGUUAUUUUCCUAAAAGACAACCAAGAAAAAAUACAGGUAAACAUUGAAUACCGUUUUAAUUCAUGGCAACAACCAUAACUACAACGACAUCAAUUUCUGCAAAACCAUCGGUUCCUACUGCUCUGCUCAAAGUCCAAGCACAACCCAUCAAGCCCAAACGCCGCAACUGUAAAGAAACCACCAUUUCUUCCUCCGCUGCUGCCGCUACUACAAAUCCCUGCUCCGACUCCAUUGUUUCCCCUGAUAGCUCUUGGUGCUGCCCUGCUUCGAAGCCUCUCCCUGCGCCGCCUCCUCCCCCGCCUUCUCCUCCUCCUCUUCCGCCGCAAGCCUACGGUGUUCAUGACCAGGGCUUGAACGAUUCUUUGGUUGGUUUCAAGAUCCGGUAUUAUCCGGGCAGUGUAUCACCCGUCAUGGACUUCACCGGCGGGACGGCGCUCUCUAACGGUCAUUCUCCCUGGAGUUUCACUAAGUUCAACUCUGCCCUUACGGCGGGUCUUCUAAACCCGAUGUCUCCGCCACCUCCGACGGACAAGACAAGGUCCAGUCCGACCCUUUUCGAAAUGAUGGCUAACGAACCCGAUAACAACCCAAGAAACCAAACCCAAGACCAAGCCCAGAUCCAAGUACCCAUUUCAGGUCCAAGACAAAACCAACCCCCUCCUGUCAUCGAUAAGCAGGCAUUGACCAUGCAACGAAUUUCGGAUCUUUUAUCGACUCGUAGCCCUGGGAACCAGUUCAACGACCCGAAUUCGAGUGAUAUGAAGCUGACGCUUAGUUCCAAGGAUGGGAUUAGUGUGUUAAUGAACGUUCACAGGCAAAUACUGGUGGCUCACAGUAGGUUUUUUGCAGUGAAGUUAUCGGACCGAUCACAAGAGACGAAUGGACCUACUGGGCCGUACAGUGUGGAAAUAGCAGAUUGUGAUGACGUAGAGGUUUACAUUGAGGUUUUGAGGUUGAUGUAUUGUAAGGAUUUGAGGAAGAUGUUAAUGAGAGAGGACGUUUCUAAGGUUCUUGGAAUUUUGAAGGUUUCAGCGGCAAUUGGCUUUGAUGCUGGGGUUCUUUCUUGCUUGGAGUACUUGGAAGCCGCGCCGUGGACGGAGGACGAAGAAGAAAAAGUGGCUUCUUUAUUGGCGGAACUCCGCCUUGAAAACGUUGGAGCUGGGGAAGUUUUAAAGAGGGUUUCUAUUGAAGUUAAUAACGGAAUUGAUGGUGGCGAUAAUGAAGAAGUGCUUCUCAAGCUUUUGCAUGUGGUUCUUCAAGGCAAAGACGAAAAAGCAAGGCGUGAAAUGAAAGAAUUGGUGUUGAAGAUGCUUCGCGAGAAUCCCUCUCAGAACGAUCUCCGGAAAGAGUCUUUAUACUCCGCUUGUGACGGCUGUCUGGAACUGCUCCAACGCCAUUUUCUCCGAGCAGCUUCAUCAGUUUUGCAGGAUGUGAAUCAGAUUGCUAGACAAGCAGAUAAUUUGCAUUGGAUUCUAGACAUUUUGAUUGAUAGACAGAUAGCUGAGGAUUUUCUAAAAUCUUGGGCUUCUCAGUCUGAAUUAUCUGCCACUCAUUCCAAAGUUCCAGCUAUCCAUAGGUUCGAAGUUAGCCGAGUUACUGCCCGGCUAUUCGUUGGAAUUGGAAAAGGGCAGUUAUUGGUGUCAAAGGAAGCGAGGUUCUUGCUUUUACAGACAUGGUUGGUGCCAUUUUACAAUGAUUUCGGGUGGAUGAUGAGGCGAGCAUCAAAAGGCCUCGAUCGACAUCUAAUCGAGGAUGGUCUUAGUAACACGAUUCUCACAUUGCCUCUGGCAUGGCAGCAGGAUAUAUUGCUUGCUUGGUUUGAUAGAUUCUUGAACUCGGGUGAAGAUUGUCCAAACAUUCAAAGAGGUUUUGAAGUUUGGUGGAGGAGAGCGUUCUGGCGUUGAAGCAAUCAGCUACAACAGCAACCAUUAAGAGCUCAUGAAAUUCCUAUUUCUGUGUUGCAUCGAGUUUUUUUCACAAUGCUCAUUCGUGUUCUCUAUGGAUGAAUGUAGUCUGGAAAAGACUGCAACAUCCUUUCUUAUGUUGAAACCAAACUAAUAUAGAAAGGUUAGAGAUAUGGGUGAUUUGUUUUUGUUUGUAACGGAGGGUCAUAUGUUUGAGAUAUAUUCUAGUUUAGGAUCCUUUCAAAAUGCCCCCAUUGAAGCUAUCUGCAACAUUAGGGACUGAGACAUGGAAAAUCUUAUUCUGGACCAUGGUUUGGUAAAGGACAUCUGCGAGAGACGCUGAUCCAAAGAUGGUGUUGGAUUUAUGGCUUCCUGAUCUUAGAUCAGUGCUAAAAGCAUGAUUGUAGGAUGCAGAGUACGCUGCAAUAUGGUGCAGAUGAGAAGAUUUGUGAGAAAGAAAACAUCAUGUCAAUUUCUUGUGUAAGAAAUAAUGAUAAGAUUUGCAUUUAGGCAUUUAGGAAUAUCCAUGUCAGUUCUGAUUAAAUCUUGAGUCCAGGUUUAUGUCAACAUUGGUGGAGAUUAGGUGCCUAUGUUGUAUGUAAAUAUUAACAUAACUCAGUUCUGAUCGAAACAAAAAAAUCAAUGCAACAAAGCUCGUAAGAACAUAACAGAUAUAUCAAGCACUUAGUGCAAAGAAAACAUUGUUUCUGAAUUCCCCAUGAAUGAACCAAAGAGAAGCAGCGUUUUUAAGCAUCAAACCAAAAUUACCAAACAUUGAAGCAUAAGACAAGUACUUCUAUGAACUCCAUAUGAUAACAAACCUAAACUGACAAAAUUAUGCAUCACGAAAAAUCAUCUCUCAAGGAAGAACAGCAGGUCCAGCACCACCAUAACCACCACCUCCACGACCAAAAG